UAGUUUCAUAAGUCUGCCGGAAGCGGCACUGAGGACGGUACGUCUGUAAUUUACCAGUUUUACAGUGACCAGAUCGGCAUUGCGCAAUUGCGAAAGAAAUGCGCGUCCGUGAUGCAACGAUUCACGUGUUUGGUUGCACGUCGGGAACUCGCGUUCUUGGCCUGUCCGUGGAAGGGGGGUAUUGUGUCAGUUAAACACAAUAUCCACUGCCAGCUAUGGGGGCAUCAGCGCGUGCGCCCUCAUGCCAGCCGCGCGACCUCUCCAAAGCGCGCGUGGCAUCACCUGCGCAGACCGUCUGCUGGCCAGCACUGCAGACUUUAUAGUAGAGAUGCAGACAGGGACACUAAGGACACUGAACAUCCUGGCAUCACAGUGGUGGGAACCCCGGAUCCCAUCGCGUGGGUCAGGAAUAAGAUCAUCUUGUUUUUAAUUGAAUUGUGUUUUGGCCUGAAGUUCAGUGUGGAGUUUGACAGUGGAGUGAAACAGGCAGCAGUCCAUGUGUCUACUAUGAUCUCCAAAGGCAACUUUGAUGAAUUGAGGAGUGUGAUGUCGAAAGAGGCAGUUGACAGUGUCAGAAAGAAAUGUAAAACUCUGACAGAGGCCCAACGAAGACAUCUUGCCAUUUCCCUCGAUGACAUUAUAUUUCUGCUGCCCGAGGACGUGUCUGUAUUCUUUGACCAGAGCGGCAGAAAGCUUCUUUACAUCACGAUGAGGCUUUGGUAUCUGUCCAGCGCAGACGUACCUGAGGACCCCGAGAGCAUCCGCAUCUUCAAGAUGGACUUAACUGAAGAAGAUGGUCCUCAAAAGAAGAUCAUCACAGCGGUGUACGAGUUUUAUCGUGAGUUGACCGCUGGAGCUGAUCCCGAGUGGAUGGUGACCCGGAUGUGGCACUGGAAGCAACUAGAGUAAAAGUCACAAUAUACUUUACCAGACUAAAACAAACACUUUAUAUUUCAUCCAUCCUGGGUAUUUGAUCACAAAUGGUAAGGUGAUGAAAUCAAUGUUUACAGCGGUUAGUAACUGGUCUCAGAUGACUCCCUUAUGACUGGAUUUCAAAGGGAGGGUCUCUUAAAUUUCAAAGUACAAAUGGGAUUUAUGUGAUCAGAUCACAGCAUGUUUUGGGAUCCGAUCCUGUACUUUAUGUACUAUAGCACUGACCACUGAAACAGAUCUUAAUUCCAGUAUAAACCAAGUCAUAGAGUCACUCCCAUGUUUCUCCAGCAAUGUCACAUUUAUAGAUUGUGUCAGAGCUCAGAUUGGUCCAGAAACCACUUGAUAUUCCAAUAAAGAAACCAUUAUAAGUUAA